CUGUGGGAAAAGAUGGCAGCUUCCUGUCCCUUCAGCAGGCUCAUUUUCCUCUGAGGACAAAGUAUAAACUCUAUAUAUGAAAAUCAGAUAGCCUAUUUUUUACCUUAACUUGGCGAAACUUGAAGUAAGAGCUUGAAAAUGGAAAAGAGUGGUAGCGUCGACAGUUUGGGUUCCAAACAAUCAUCUUCCCGGCAGCCGAGUGUUGAUUCUCUAUCCAGUUCUUCAACGUCACGGUCUGACCGUUCCUCUCAGGCAAAGCCUCCAUCAGCUAUAUCCUCGGAUUCAGUUUCGGCGUCAGACUCGCCUCUGUCCGCCGAGCAGCUUCGGUCAAACUUAAGGAACAAACCAGUCGCCAAGGUGUUCAGAGACGCACAUAAAGAUGAACCACAGUUGUUGAACAAGGAGACUGUUCAAGAUAUGGCCAAAGACGUCACUUACAUUUGCCCAUUCAUUGGAGCACUCAGAGGGACCUUGACUGUUACAAACUACCGACUAUUUUUCAAAUGCAUGGACAGGGACGCAGGCUCCGUUUUGGAUAUACCUCUUGGCGUUUUGAGUCGUGUGGAGAAGAUUGGGUCUGCUACAUCUCGUGGAGAGGUGUCUUAUGGGAUCAUAUGUAAAGAUAUCCGAAAUUUGCGUUUUGUACAUAAACAACCAGAAGAUACUCUGAAGAAGUCCAUCUUUGAGAACCUCAUGAAAUACGCCUUCCCUGUUUCUAAUGCACUGCCUCUCUUUGCCUGUGAGUAUGACCAGGUUUUCCCUGAGAAUGGAUGGAAAGUAUAUGAUGCCCUGGCUGAAUAUAAACGACAGGGACUGCCCAACGAAAGCUGGAGGAUAUCUAAGGUUAAUGACCAUUAUGAGCUGUGUGACACAUACCCCUCCACCCUAGUUGUUCCGGUAACCAUUCCCGAUGAGGAGCUGAAGAGGGUAUCAGCCUUUAGGGCCAAAGGCCGCAUUCCAGUGUUGUCAUGGAUCCACCCAGAGAGCCAGGCAACAAUAACACGCUGUAGCCAGCCCAUGGUGGGAGUGAAUGGGAAGCGUAGCAAAGAGGACGAGAAACUACUGCAAGCCGUCAUGGAUGCCAACGCACAGUCCCACAAGCUCUUCAUAUUUGAUGUCAGGCCAAGUGUGAAUGCAGCAGCCAAUAAGAUGAAAGGUGGCGGUUACGAGAGCGAAGAUGCCUAUCAGAAUGCGGAGCUGGUGUUUCUAGAUAUCCACAAUCUCCAUGUUAUGCGGGAGUCACUACGAAAACUGAAAGAGGUGGUGUAUCCCAACAUUGACGAGGCUCACUGGCUCUCAAACUUAGAGUCCACCCACUGGCUUGAGCACAUCAAGUCUAUCCUGGCGGGAGCACUGCGGAUUGCAGAUAAAGUGGAGUCUGGCAAGACCUCGGUGGUGGUGCACUGCAGUGAUGGCUGGGACCGCACUGCCCAGCUGACCUCCUUAGCCAUGCUGAUGCUGGAUGCUCACUACAGAACCAUCAAAGGCUUCCAAGUGCUGCUGGAGAAAGAGUGGCUGAGCUUUGGUCACCGCUUCCAACUGAGGGUUGGUCAUGGAGACAAGAACCACACAGACGCUGAUCGCUCUCCAGUCUUCCUGCAGUUCAUCGACUGUGUUUGGCAGAUGACUCGACAGUUUCCUGCUGCAUUUGAAUUUAAUGAGUACUUCCUCAUCACCAUCCUGGACCAUCUAUACAGUUGCUUGUUUGGGACCUUCAUGUGUAAUAGUGAGCAGCAACGACUCAAAGAGGAAUUACCAAAGAAGACGGUGUCACUGUGGUCUUUAAUUAAUAGUCAGCUUGAAGAGUUUUCUAACCCCUUAUAUGUGAACUACUCCUCUCAUGUACUGUUUCCUGUAGUCAGCAUGCGCCAUCUAGAGCUGUGGGUGGGGUAUUACAUCCGCUGGAAUCCUCGCAUGAGACCACAGGAGCCUUUGCACCAGCGCUACAAAGAGCUUCUAGCCAAGCGUGCCGAGCUUCAGAAGAGAGUAGAGGAGCUGCAAAGAGAGGUGGCCAAUCGGGCAGCCUCGUCCUCCUCCGAGAGAGCCGGGUCUCCCACUCGCUCCAUCACACCCGUGCAGACUUUCGUGUGAUUGUACAGGUGCUUUAGGAGAGGGGGGAGAGAGAGAGAGAGAGUGUAAGGGUUGAUCUGCUGGCUCCUAGGUCUCAAACUUGGCCGCUUCUUCAACAGCAGUAGGGUGGGUCAGUGACCCAUGGCUGACUAAACGCCAUAGACUGCCUUUCCGAUCCCUCCAUAAUUUGCUGUCAUUGCAGCAACAGACUUAACAAAUGGAGAAAAAUCCUAGCAUCAGGGUUUCAUUUUAAAUUAACCAGUUACUAGAGGCAACGUAGUUCAUUCUAGAUCAAGGCUACUAAUGGAACUAGGUGUAGAUUACAUUUACAUUAAAGUACUUAUGCACUUGUACAGUUUUAUUUUAUGUUUGACAUAGUUUAAGUCAUCAUUAAAGGCUGCGUGAGAAUGUUACCAUGCCAGAACAAAAUGUCAAAACCUGUACUUCACACUUGAUUUAUCAGUGGCUUUGGUUUCAUUCAAAUGUAACUGUGUGGAAUUUCUGCUAAUAUUAACAGUCACUUGAAAGAGCCUUUUGACAGUUUAAGUAGUGGGCUGCAGAAUGUGUCCGUCUUUAGGGACACAUGGAUGCCGAGGGAGGGUCAUCUGAUCUCAUCCAGACAUACAAUAGAGGAGAGUUUUCAUGGAAUUCACAUAUUAGUCAGUGGUUGCGUGUAUGCAUGGCUGAGAUUUACUGACAGGAAAAUGAAUCAGCUUUACUUGGUUUAUCAGCUUUAACGCUACAUUAACUUGGAAAAUGGAUGUGUGUGUGUGUGUGUGUGUGCGCAACACCUCUGUAAAUACAGUGAGAUAGUAUGUGCUUUAGAAUUCUUCUCUUUUGAAGCCUAUAGCCAAUAGAAGCUGUAACAUUAGUCUUUAAGCCAGUGAUACAUUCCUAGUAACCAACAAUUAUCUGCACAAGGCAGGCUAAUGUGUCUAAUGCUGCUCUAACCCUUGAUCCUUACUACUAUAUUUCUGAGCUUAACUUUAAGGGGCAAAUGUUCAUAUCUUUAAUGCUGGACUUAUGAACCUCCUAAACAACGUGAAAGUUGUUGCUAUAGCAUAUGAAGGAUAGGACAGUUUCCGUUGGUUUUCUCUGUGACUGCUUGCCUUAUUCCCAGGGAAGGGAACUCUGUGAAAGUAUCAGGAAGGAUAUUAUCCUUGUGUCUCGUCAGUGCUUAAGUGUGCUUGCUUUUUCAAGUGCAUCUUAUUAACAAAUCAAAUGCUGCAUUUUUUCCAUGUUAUAAAUAUCUGGUUGACAUGCAGGCAUUCUUGUCAAUACGGUAGCAUUCCUUAUACUGCAUACAUCAACCACACCAAGACUUAUUCCAACGUACUCCACUCUGUUGUAAAUAAAACUCAUGCAUAUCACACACAAAGCUUGUCAAUUACUUUUUAUAAGAAGUUGUUGACAUCAAACCAUCCAAAUUCUAACAAAUACACGCUAGUCAGCCAAUGUUAUUAACUCUUCUGGGUAUCAAACGUUAGGUAUAAGAUCUUCCAACACUGAAAAUAGUAAUGUAUUUGAAAGACCACUAUAUAGUCAGACCACUAAUAUAGAAACUAACCCAUGGAAUUUGUACAGUUCUGUGUAUGUCUGCAGAGGUUAAUACAAUGAUAAUGUAAACUGGUCCAGUCAUCAGCUGGCACUACUUAAUUGUGUUUACUGCAAAGCCAUAUAAAAUAAAGUUCUGUUAAAUGGAA